AUUGUUAAAAAAUUCUCCUCGAGGGAACACAUAAACAAGCUCUCCUCGAUCAAAACCCUAGGGUUUCAAAAUCUCACCUUCUCCAGUUCUCCUCAACAGAAAACACAGAACCCAGUAGAUCUCCUCUCGACUCCAUGGAUCCCGAUGACGUCGCCAAGGCGUUCGUCGGGCACUACUACCGCACCUUCGACUCGAACCGAGCGGGCCUCGGCGGUCUCUACCAGGACGCCUCGAUGCUGACGUUCGAGGGCGACAAGAUCCAGGGAGCUCAAGCGAUCGUCGGCAAGCUCAUGAGCUUGCCGUUCCAGCAGUGCGUCCACAACGUCUCCACCAGACCCGCCGGCGGCAAGCUCGUCUUCGUCAGCGGUUCGCUCCAGCUCGCCGGCGAGCAGCACCAACUCAAGUUCAGCCAGAUGUUUCAUUUGAUGCCGACGCCCCAGGGAAGCUACUAUGUACUGAAUGACAUAUUCAGGCUGAACUACGCCUGAUGGCUGUUGGGGUUGGAAUUGUUUGAAGAUUUGUUUGCUUUGUUUGGCUGUUUCAUAUUUCUUUUGUUGGGAUGGAGUGAAAAGAGGAUUGAAUGUUAGACUUUUUACCGCAGGAAUGAAUGAACCUUUGAUCAUAAUUCAUAUCUAUCUAUCGCUGUUGUGACUUUUGUCAGAGAUGCAAGUUAUCCUUGGGUGGAUGCUUUUGCUGCUGCAGAAACAUUUUACAUCUUUGCUCUUAUCCUUGCACUUAGACUCUAUGUGCGUUGAAGCGCGGUUAUCUGUGUUGGGGUGCGUGUGUAGGUUCUCAUUUUGUGGCUGGAAGCCUUGAUUCCAGUGGCAGAAGAUGGGUCAGCUCUUAUUAAAAGCCACUAGAAUUGUGUAAAAUUAUUGGUUGGUGUGAUUUAAUGAACGUGUGGUUUACUCGGUUUCA